UUAUUUUCCGGGUCAAUCCCACAAGGUUUCAGUCCACCGAUAUUUUUGAAGAAGAGUUGAAAUAAUGUAGGUAAUCAAGGAUGCAUGAUAUAUAGUUCUGCAUUGCAUAGUAUUAUAUUGCAAUAAAAGCAUUGGCAUCUAUAAAACUGAGGAAUAUAUUCGGUUUUUAGCGCUACCCCCAACUGUAACUAUCAGCGAACAGGAACGUACCCAUUGGAAUCUCUAUCGCGCAUGCUUCCUUGAAUGCGUUAAGCUAAUGGCUAAGGAUAAACUACAUUAACAGUCUAACCAUUUUUAUUUACAAUGGCAGAAUAUGGAGAGGAAGAGGGAUUCAUGUUACCUGUAGACGACGGUUUAUUUGCUGAUACAUUUUCUGAUGAUAGCGUGUACAAAUUCAUCGGUCAAGAGUUAAAGAUCAGCCAGGUGUUCAGCGCCAACCUCGGCGUGGCAGCGCCAGUGUGGGACGCCGCGCUUCAUCUAUGCCGCUAUUUCGAGGAAAACUCGCUCAACCUGAAAGGAAAGCGCAUCAUUGAGUUGGGCGCAGGGACUGGCAUUGUUGGCAUUUUGGCAGCACGUUUGGGAGCGGAUGUGACCUUGACAGACCUCCCCCUUGCUGUCCCUCAACUGCAAAGCAACGUCUCAGCCAACAUGCCGUCCUCCGGCUGGCCUUCUGUUGCCCCCUCCGUCCUCCCCCUCUCCUGGGGCCAAGACCAGCACAUCUUCCCCAUGGACUGGGACCUGGUACUGGGUGCAGACAUUGUGUACCUGUCUGAGACUUACCCCCUCCUGCUGGACACACUGGUUCACCUGUGCAAGGUCAGGGCAGUGGUGUACCUCUCAUCCAAGAUGCGAGAAGAGCACGGAACGCCUGGCUUCUAUGGAGACACUCUGCCACAGAGGUUCCAUGUCAAGCUGGAGCACCGCGACCCCACACAGAACAUCAACAUCUACAGCGCUACUCUGAGAGGGAAGCAGUGACAGAAAUGAGACUGGAUAGGACUGGGAGACUGAUGAACCGGUAAAUAGUUUGAGACUUGGAAGAGAACCACACAACAGUGCCUGACUCUCUGAACCCUCUGGGGUUCCUUCCUCUCCAAAAAAACUUUGUGCAGGAGCUGGAUAAGAACGAAUAGGCACCUGACACAAAAGAGCAAAGGCUCCUCACUCUGAUUUUAGUGCUCCCAAAAGUGUUAUUUUAAACAAAAUAUAGACCAAUAGGUCAUCAUGUUGAAUGAAAAGGUCUGUAUGGUCUUGUAAGAAACAGAAUAAUACUUUUGUGGGCAGGAAAAACAUAGCAAAGAUAAUUUUCCUGUCUUUGGCAGGUUACUACAGUCAAAUCAAGUUGUGUUUGAUCUGGUUUGAGGAAGUGUUAUAUUGUUUAGGUUGACAGGGUUGAUUACUGGGAAAAUGUUGAUGAUACCAUCCACUUGCAGAACUGGCAAAAUUGACAGUUGCUGCCCCCACUCCCACUCCCUCCGCCUGGACAUACUUCAUCCCCUCACUCUCCUGCUCUCUGCUGAUGUGCAGAGUUUCUGUUUAGAAAAGAAAAGCCUGUUUGUUCCGCUGGAUAGUUUCAAAGAGAGACCGGCCGUUAUACCCCCCCUUCACCUCUCUCUGUGCUAUAGCUCACCCGACAAAACAACAGAUCCCUAUCUAUAUUCACAGUGGGCUCUCCACUAGUGGUCCACAAGGUCCCCAUAUGAGAAACUGUCAUUCAUCGUGCGUGUAAUAAUCCUUUGAUCAAUAUUAUAAUGAUAAUGCCCAAGCAAGUUGGACAAAAAGUAACCUGUGGUACAACAUAAAAUACAAUGUUAUGCAUUACUUUCCUAUGCCUAUAGUGCCUGUAAGAAAUUAUAAAUUUUUCAAUUAUCAAAUGAUUGAUUGAGAACCAAAACUUCUGAGAAAUAAAGUUAAUAAAAUGUAUACAACUUUCA